UGAUGUGGCUGGGGCUUCGCCGACCUCACUAUGUCUGCCAUUUUCAACUUUCAGAGUCUGUUGACUGUAAUCUUGCUGCUUAUAUGUACCUGUGCCUAUAUCCGAUCCUUGGCACCCAGCCUCCUGGACAGAAAUAAAACUGGGUUGUUGGGUAUAUUUUGGAAGUGUGCCAGAACUGGUGAACGGAAGAGUCCUUAUGUUGCAGUAUGCUGUAUCGUUAUGGCCUUCAGCAUCCUUUUCAUACAGUAGCUCGGAAAAAGGCCAGAAUUCUUCAGUUGCCAUCAGAUUUAAAUAUGACAAAAAAGGACUAUCUGCCAAAAAUAAUGGAAAGAAUGGUUAACCCUUUUAUCUCUGAACAUUGAAUGAGCUACACUUUCAGCUGCUGUUCUCUAUUUUUGUUAUUGGACCAAUGUUCUGUAUAAAUAAUUAGGAUGUAACAUUUAAUACUUAGAAUUUAAAUAUGUCUGUAACAAUCAACCUCAGUACUGUCGCUACAAUAUUACAUUCUGCAUAUGUCAUUCUCUUGUGCCAGAUACCAUUUUUAGUGAGGUAUCUUUAAGGCACAUAGUAGAAAACAAAAUUGGUAAAUUAUUCAAAUUCCUUUCACUGUGAUUUGGAAAUGAUAAAUCUUCAUAGAAUGAGACCUUAUUUUUUGGACUAGCUUUUUUAUUGGGGGAAAAAAAGGUUCAAUUUGUGUUGGUAAGGAUUGCAUUCAUAUUUAAUAAUGCUGGCUUUUCCUCUGGCCAUAUCAUUUUGAGCAUUAACCAAAGUACCUCUACUCUUAGCAAUCUGUAGUUUAUUACAGGUGUUUAAACUAUUUAAAACAAGCCUAUGUAGUUCUUAAGGAGGAAGAUAAAUGAGAUGUGACUUAAGAGAAAAUGUUAAGACUAUUGAGAAAAUGUUCCUAUUUAACAUAAAAUAAUUCAGAAUA